AUGGUAAUUGUGAACGCUAACACAGACCAAGACUUCCAGAAUUUCAUAUCGCGUAACAGCGAUCGAGCACCUUAUUUUAUUGUCGAGGUGGACUCUCUCACCAUUGAUAUGCUGCACGGUGCUGAUAUUGAGCAUUUUAUGAAAAGCCUGGAUACAUGGAUUGAAGCAAACAGACUGAAAGGAAUAGCUCUGUUUGCUCAAAAUAGCCAGAAUGACAUGAGCAACCUAAUCGCCACUGUUCAGGAUAUAUACACACACUUUCAGAACACUGAUGAAAGACUCAAACUGAUAGUUGGUGUCGACCAUAUUAACCCCUUUGAGAUGCGCAUUCCUCGUGAAUUUGCUGGGUACUGUGACUUCUUGAUUUUGAUGGCACAUCUACGAGAGCCUCCUGCAAUAUGUGCUGUGGACUUCCCGUCUCGGGCUUAUGAGGAAUCAGACUACAAAUUUGCUUUUCAGCUCUGGUGGGAAUCAAGAGGCCAGACCACCGCCUGCUUUUCUGUCAACUUGGCUGUGCGGUCAUUUCUCGUAACUAAGAGAAGAGAGACAGAAAUCUGCACCAAGGAAUCUCUACAGAAUUAUGCUAUGGCUUGCAAUGCCACACUUGACCAUCCACUGCAAAAUAGCACUCUGACUGAAAUUAAGUACUUGCCUGGAAAGCAUCAAGUUGUGUCUUACGAAGGAACAGUGUCGUUAGAACACACGGUGUCAAUUUUGGACGAAAAAGUAGAUGACCUCUGUGUUGCAGCCUUUCGAGUGGACCUUGAUGACCCAAAUAAAGAAUGUGCAGCAAAUGAACAGCCCUUGCCACGGCUGUCACUGAUCAGAAGUCUUUUGCACCCGAAAAAUGUCACUGGCAGGAACACAGAGGCUUCUACACAGGCUUCGGUGCCGGCAAGCCCAAGUCAUCACACUAAAAAGAAACAUGCCUUAAUUUGUGUAACAACAUCUGUAGAUACACUGCAUUUCCUAAGCGAUCCUCUCUGCACUCAUCUUGUCUAUUCAUCGGUGUCCUAUGACAAGGGAGGUCGCUCAUACAUUGCCGCAAGUGAAAAAGCUUUCCGGAACUAUUUGGCCAUGAAAAAAGGAGGGAGGCCUUCACUUUUGGCUGAAGUUGAUAGCCGCAGCAUCGAUCCUUCAGACAAAGGCACUGCACAUAAGAAUGCUCUACAGGAACUGGCUGACUGGGUUCACAACUAUGAUUUGAAUGGAAUCGCAAUUUUUAUGAAGGACGUGAAUGAGUCUGACGAGUGGCCCGACUUAGCAGAUAGGCUUUCAAAGCAGUUUGGCACAGACCAAGCAGAACUCGUGCUUGUUGUUGGCAUAGAUAUGAAAAGUCCGUACAAGACUGUCUUGAGUGAGGCAUUCACUGGGAAGGCACACUUCCUAGUCCUUAUAACCAAUAUCAGACAGCCCGAGACACCCUGCAAAGUGGGCUUUCCCUCCAGGCCUCAUAAGGAAAGUGACACUACAAAGAUGAGCAAAAUUGUGCAGCAGUCCCAAAAUGUGACUGUCCCCUGUGUCACAUUUAACCUUGCAGUUCGAAAAUUUCAUUUGGUGCAGCCGGGCUACUCUGGAGAUUCGUGUGAUGAAGAGCACUGGGUUGACUACGCAGAGGCUUGCCGAACAACAUCAAAGAAUGGCAACAAUCUCUAUGAAACCCGCUACACUUCUGAUGAUUCCAAUAUAUUGACGUAUGAAGGAAAGGUUUUCAUUCAGCACAAGAUGUCUUAUAUGACUGGCUUUGAACAUGACUUUUGUGUGACUGUAUUUGAAGUAGACCGAGAGAAUCCUACAGACAAUUGCCCAUCAGAAGGAGGGCCCUUCUGGCGGCUACGCCUCAUCAGUGAAUACCUUCUAGACAUAGAAAAGAUGAAUCAUGAAAUGGGGUCCACGUCAUCUACUCCAAAUAAUGUGACUGUGAAGACAGUAGUACCAAGAGAGAAACGACAUGACAUAACCCUUAAAACUGAAACUGAAUCUACAGUUACAGAGGCAUCUACAUCACAAGAAGAUACAAAGGAACCGUUUAUUUCAACUAGUGGGGACUUUGUUCACAAGAAGGCUCCCAAGUUCAGCCUAAUUUGUGUGGCCAGCAUGGUUGAUACACUGCACUACCUUGUGGACAAAAUCUGUAACUACGUUGUGUACUCCAGCGUUGCUUACAAAGAUACGGGCCAUAAAUUCGUUGCGACAAACGCACGAGCGUUUCACAGCUUCUUGGCCCUGAAAAAGGGCAUAAUUUCCUCAUCAUUACUGGUCGAAGUGAAUACCCUGAAAUCGGCGGGUGUACUUGAGGACGAACACAAAGCUGACAGCUUCAUUCGUUCCCUUCUCAGUUGGAUGCGAAAGAAGAGACUAGAUGGUGUCAUGCUGUCUUAUGACACAUUUGUGACUAAUGCAGAAACCUUCAAGACUGUGGCUAAGAACGUGUGGCAUCAUUUUCAAAGAAUGCCUGUAAAGCCUAUCCUUGUCAUCGGUGUUAACUACAUGAAGAGCCAUGAAACACGUUUAUCAGAUGAACUAACUGGUAACUGCGACUUUUUGAUACUGAUGACACAUGCAAGAAAACCCGAUGGCCAUUGUAAAGUGGGCCUUCCAUCUAAGCUGCAUACCAUGGAAGAUAGCGAUUACAUGGUUCGACUUUUGGAGGCAUCCAGAAACAUGACGUCGCCUUGCAUUUCAAUGAACAUGGCAGUUCGCGACUUCUUCAUCGGCGAAGCAGCUGAAGAGAGAGAAAACUGCAAAGCUGAGAGUUGGAUACAGUACAAAUCGGUUUGUGGAAUCGAUACAGAAAGGACUGAUGGCAUGUUUGAAGUUGCUCGUGCAAAGAACAACACAAAUAUUCUUACCUUUGAAAGCAAGGUAUCCAUCCAGCACAGGAUGUCUAUGCUCUUGGGUGAGGUACCAAACUUCUGCGUGGCUGCUUUUCGAGUGGAGAUGGAAGAUGCACAAAAUGAUUGCCCAAGUUUGGGGAAGCCAUUUUCAAGGCUGGUGCAUAUAAAGAGUCUGCUGAACACAGCCAAAGAAGCCUAUAAACUACGACGACAAGUCCCACUUAAGGGAAAGCGAAAACCUGAGCAAGACGCUUCACAAAUGCGCCUGGGAGAAAAUGCAUAA